AGUGGCACCUCAGUAAACGAAAAGAAAACAGUCACAAAGUUUCGUGUCUUGGGAAUUCGAGGAAGAGCAAGUUUGACUCACGACAAAACAAUGGCUAAGAUUCUCAAGCCAGGAAAGGUUGCUCUUAUCACCAGAGGUCGCUUUGCCGGUAAGAAGAUUGUUAUUCUUCAAACCAUCGACCAAGGCACCAAGGCCCACCCCUUCGGACAUGCUGUCGUUGCUGGUGUUGAGCGCUACCCUUUGAAGGUCACCAAGUCUAUGGGUGCCAAGCGCAUUGCCAAGCGUUCUCGUGUGAAGCCUUUUAUCAGAGUUGUUAACUACAACCACUUGAUGCCCACUCGUUAUGCUCUCGAGCUUGACAACCUUAAGAACCUUGUCAGCGCUGAGACUUUCAAGGAGCCUUCCCAACGCUCUGCCGCCAAGAAGGUCAUCAAGAAGACUUUUGAAGAGAAGUACCAAACUGGCAAGUCCGCUUGGUUCUUUACUCCUUUGAGAUUCUAAUUUUGAGGUAGUGUUUGGAAAAAUAUGAAUCUUAAAAUCCUAAAUGUUAAACUUGCGAAUUUUCGUAGGCCAUUGCCAAUUUCGUAGAUGUAUAUUUAUGUGCUUGUU